AUGAGUGAUUGUCAUGAAAAGGAGUUUAAUAGUGAUGAUAGCAGUAUAUAUUGUAUUUCAAUUCUUAGACAUUUAUGAUGUAGAAUUUGUGUAUGGUAAAAAAAUGUUCAAGAAAAAGAUUUUUUAUGCUGUUAAAUGGCUGGGUUGGACAAUAUAGUAAAUGUCAUGGGAACCUAUUUCUAAUUUUACACUUAUUUCAAGUUAUCUAGUAAAGUAACUAGAAUUUAUUUAUCUUAUUAAGACGCUUAGAAACAAAGCUUUGUUAUGCUUUGUAUUACAAAAAGAUUGCUCCUAUUUCAAGUGGUAUAAGAGUCCACAUCAAAGGAAAAUUUUGUUAAGUCUAAUAAGUUUAUACAAAGCCAAAACAAAAAACAAUUAUUUCUGAAAAAUAAAUUGUAUCCCGCUCUAUUGAUGCCUCAUAUCCAUGUAAUAAAGCAUAGAAGAUUAUUACAUAAACGAAAUAAAAUUUUAUGAUCUCAAAUAAUAAUAAUAAGAUCUAUUAAAAAAUCUAAAAGAAAGAAAACAAAUCAAAAAAGCAUUUUAGAAAAAUUCUAAAUUAAUAAGAUGAAAAUGAAAUAAUAUCUAUAACAAGUCUAUCUCCUAUUCAAUAUGAAAUACCAUAUCAAAUCAAGAAAAGAAGGAGGUAAAAUAAGAACAAAAUAAGUGAUUUUGAAUUAGAAAAAGAUAUUUAAUUAUUAAAAUAAAAUGAAUAAUAAACAAAAAAAUUCAAAUAAAAUGUAAUUCAAAUUUAAUAGAUUUAAAUUUAAAAGGAUAAUUUAAAAAAUAACAGAGAUAAGAAAGAAAUAUAGUAAUAAAAUAGUAAUAAUCUAAAUUUUUGUGAAUGUUAAAUUAUUCUGAAUGAUUGUGAUAAUUCAGAAUCAGUAUAGCAUUCUUCAAAAGAUAUUAAACUUAAUAGGAAUCAAGAAAAUUCUAUAAUAUAAUAAUAAAGGAACAGUAAAUUUGCUCUUAAAAAUUACACUCAUUUAGAGUUUUCCAAUAUACAAAAUUUAUCUAAUUUAAAUGUUUAAGAAACACUAAGUCAACCUUAAGAGGAAUCUUUUGAAAUAGAUUUAUUAUCAACAGAGAAUAAUGAAUAGUAAUAAAAACCUUAAAAAUUAAAUGAUUAAGAAAAAUCUAAAGAUAUCCAUUAGUAAAAUCUUGUUUCAGUAUCAACUUAUUAACCCAAAAAUUAAUUUUUAAAAGUAAGGGUUGUAAAAUCUGUUCUUAAUUCAAAAAUAACUGAAAAUAUAACUUAAGAAAAUUCUGAUAUCAAUUUUAAGAUUAAGAAAUAAUUCAUAUCUGAAAUAAUGGAGGAAGAACAAAAAAGACAAACUGAAAUAAUGGAGAAAUUCCCCUUAAAAUAAUUUUUAUAUAAGGAAACAAAAGUUUAACCUAUUGUUAAAACUAGUUAAUAAUUAUAAUAGGAGAUAUAAAAAUUAUAAUUGGAGAAACUUGCAUUAAAUAGGACUAGCAGAUGUAGUAUUCUUGUAAUACCAAAGUUCAAAGAUGCUGAAAUUUAAUAUAUUCAAAAUAACUUUCUGAAUAAUGAUAUAAUUUAAUAUGAUAUGGAUUUUCAUGAAGUUAUAUUUAGGAAAAUUAUAGUUGAGAAUAUAGAAUCACAUAAUUUUUUAAUUGGAAAACUCCUUUUUAGAUGUAUAUAUGAUAAUGGGAUGGAAUAUUAUGUAGAAUAUGACAUAUUGAAAAGAUACUGUCCAACAUUAUUAUUAGAUUACAUGAUAGUAAAUUCAAUAUUAAUAUGA